AUCCGAUUAUUUUUAUCCUGAUUUUUGGCAAAAAAUGAGAUGCCCCCGGCGCCAUUUUCGAGGUGUCUUUGUGUGCCCUAGCAAGAUUAUUUCUGCCUCCAUCAUUCUCUUUUUCCUCUGUCGCGAUUACCCCUCAUCUCCUCGCCAUCGCCUGCCCGUCUUUUGAAUCGAUCGCCGCCGUCGCUUCAGUCAGAAUCCGGCGAAGUUGCGUUACAUUUGCGAGAGUUCGCUUCAGUCAGAAUCGGGCCCUUAUAUUCAUAGAUGAAUCAUGACACCAAUUCCCUUUCUAUUAAAAUAUUUUUCACAUAUUCAAUUUGCUUAGUAAACCGCCGGCCGCCGCACCGCCGUUCAAUCCCUCGCCGUCGGUCCAAGUGCUGUUUGCAUAUAACCUAAAAUUUCGAUUUUUCUCACAUUCCGUAUUGUAUUUCCCAACAUUUGAAAGCCGAGCUCAGUAUCAAGGAAGGCGAGCUGCGAAUUGGCUUCGAGAAUCGAGCAAUGGCGGAGAUAGGUUUCCGAUCCGUGCUUCUCAUCUCAGCAGUAUUUCGCGUGGUUUUGAUUCUGUACGGCGAGUGGCAAGAUGCUCACAUGGACGUCAGAUACACUGAUAUUGACUACUUCGUCUUCUCCGACGCCGCGGCAUUAAUGGCUUCUGGAAAAUCGCCGUAUGAGAGAUCGACGUAUCGGUAUUCGCCGUUGAUUGCUUUCCUUCUGAUGCCUAAUUCAUUCCUGCAUCGGUCGUGGGGAAAAUUCAUGUUUUCUGCAUCAGAUCUACUUGUGGGGUUGCUUAUCCACAGAAUACUGAAGUUGAGAGGAGUUCCUGAGAAACUAUCUACAUACUCGGCAAUGGUAUGGCUUUUCAACCCGUUCACCUUCACGAUUGGAACACGUGGGAACUGUGAGCCCGUCAUUUGCUCCAUGAUUCUAUGGAUUUUGAUAUGUCUGAUGAAAGACAAUCUCUUACAGGCUGCAUUCUGGUAUGGCCUCGUUGUUCAUUUGAGAAUAUAUCCCAUAAUUUACGCACUCCCGAUCAUCAUACUUCUUGAUCCACUGUACUUUCAACCUGGUAGAAAGCCCGCCCUUGUGCACUGGAGUUUUAGAACCUCAAAGUCAUCCUGUGACUCGAGUAAUGCAGAAAUAAUUGGUUUCCAGUAUAUUUGGAACUUUUUCAGAAGCAUGAUAACAUGGAGACGAAUCGUGUUUGGAGUUCUUUCUGGAUCUACCUUCCUAAUCUUGACAGGAUUUAGUUUCUAUUUAUACGGAUGGGAUUUCUUGCAUGAGGCAUUGCUAUACCAUCUCACACGUACCGACCCUCGCCACAACUUCUCGAUCUAUUUCUACCACAUAUACCUCCACUACGAACAUGAGUUUUCAAUCCUGGAGAAACUCAUCUCCUUUCUGCCACUUUUCGCCCCAGACUUGCCAUUCUGUUUGUUUCUACAGACAGUGGCUUUUGUAGCAUUUAACAAGGUCAUAACAGCGCAGUACUUUGUGUGGUUCUUCUGCCUACUACCUCUGAUACUUCCAUGGAGCAAUAUGAAGCUUAAAUGGAGAGGCCUGGCUUGCGUAUCUGUAUGGAUCGGAGCGCAAACGCAUUGGCUGAUGUGGGGUUACUUGCUCGAGUUCCGAGGCAGGAACGUCUUCCUUCAACUAUGGAUGGCAAGUCUGCUCUUCUUGGCAGCCAAUACCUUUGUUAUGAUCAAUGUUAUUCGUAGCCAUGUAUUCUGUCCUCUGUUUAAACCAUUGCAGGCAUAUUCAAGCAAAGAUGAUUAGUAGUAUGAUUUUCUUGUAUCUUUUUUCUGAGUUUAGGAAUUUUGAAGAAAAAAUGUAGUUUCUUUAGUGAGUUUUAUAAAUAGAGCUCUUGCAAUCCAUAUAUCAUGGUUCAUCAAAUAAUAAUAAUAAUAAUAAUAUAUUUAUUCAAAUCAAA